AUGGAGACCUCAAUGGAAACAAGAAUAGUAUCGUUAGCCGAAAUCAAGCAGCACAACACUGCAGACGAUUGUUGGAUUGCUGUUCAUUCCAAAGUUUGGGAUAUUACACAUUUCAUAAAUCAGCACCCAGGCGGUCCAGAUGUUCUUUUGAACUCAGCUGGCUCCGAUGCCACAGAUAUUUACAACGAAGUUCACGCGCCCGAAAUUAUUGAAGAUCUGCCCAGCGACAAAUUGAUCGGAUUCCUCGAAGUCUCCUCCUCAAGUUCCCCAACAGAAUCCAAGAUCGUCGAGGUCGAUCCCGUGCCACCCCCAACAUCGCCAACACAGUCGAACGAAUCCUCAAUAACACAAACGACGAAGACAAUUCCACCUCUAGACGCUAUUCUUAGUGCCAGAGACUUUGAAGAAGCAGCGAGAGAUCACCUAUCUGCCAAAACAUGGGCCUUCUACUCGUCCGCCGCAACAGAUCUCAUCACUCAUGGCAAGAACAAGGAAUUGGUCCGGAGACUCAUGAUCAGGCCGCGAAUCUUGAGGAAUGUCUCGAACGUCAACUUCAAGACCAACAUUCUUGGCCUCGAUAGCAAUGCGCCUUUCUUCAUCUCUCCUGCUGCCAUGGCGAGACUUGCACACCCUGACGGAGAACUGGCGCUAAGCCGUGCUGCCGCUAAUGAGGGCAUCAUCCAAUGCAUAUCAAGCAACGCCUCUUUCUCCUUAAAGUCCAUUGUUAAAGCAGUUCCAUCAUCACAACCCUUCUUCUUCCAGCUUUAUGUCAAUUCAGACCAUUCGAAGACGGUUGAGCUGCUGAGGAUGGUCGCUGACCUUGGAGUCAAGGCCAUCUUUGUAACGGUUGAUGCGCCUGUCCCCGGUAAACGAGAGGCCGACGAGAGAGCUGCACAGGAACAAACUGUCAAGUCAGCCAUUAGUGGCGGUGAAAGUAGUAAAGAUAAGAAGGGUAGUGGGUUCGGUCGUCUUAUGGCACAGUAUAUCGACAAGACCUUGUCGUGGGAUGACUUGGGCUGGAUUCGUGAGGCCAGCGGUGGAUUGCCAAUUGUUCUCAAGGGUGUCCAAACAGCAGAAGAUGUCAUUCAGGCCGCUGAGUACGGAGUAGAAGGUGUGCUUCUCAGUAACCACGGUGGAAGAUCACUUGAUGGCGCCCAAGCGAGUAUUCUGGUCUUGCUAGAGUUGAGGAAGAAUUGUCCCGAGAUCUUUGACAAGAUCGAAAUCUACAUCGACGGAGGUUUCGAGCGCGGCUCUGAUAUUCUCAAGGCUAUUUGCCUCGGAGCUACGGCAGUCGGAAUCGGGCGUCCGUUUUUAUACUCUCUCAUUCACGGCCAAGAUGGCGCUGAGCAUCUCUGUCAUAUUCUCAAAGACGAACUCGAGACUUCGAUGCGCCUAUGCGGAAUAACUUCUCUGAGUCAAGCGAAGCCUAGCUUGAUCAACGCACUGGAUGUGGAACACUUGGUUUUUGGUAACACAAGCGGGCGGUUGCUAUCGAAGCUUUAA